UUUCUAAUCUGAAUUGUGAUUUCUUUUUUUGGCUUCUCUGAGAUUUUGAAGCUUCACAGAGUCACACUGUUACCGUCAGCCUUCGAUAUCAUUUCUCUCAUUACUUCCUCUCCCGUUUGAAAUCACGAGACCUCAGACUAAACCACUUUCUGUUUGGAAGAUGUUUUUGUGAUUGUAGAGCUGCAGCUGUGUGUGUUUAUGUGUGUGUGUGUGGGUGUGUGUGUUGUCUUUGUGUCAGAGAUGUGCAGGUUUUUCUCUGUGUGUGGUGUUGAACAUCCAGAACCUUCUCUUUGUCGAGUGUGUGGAGGAGAGACAAUGACGUUUGAGAUUGCCGUGUUUUGUCAGAUCUGUAGCUCAGUUAGCUCAGACGUGUUGAUGGGUGUCGGUCACUCAAACAGAAACUCUGUGGAUCCGCUUUUCUAAACGACGCAGAUCAAAUCUUAUUCAUCAGAUCCUGAGCCGCAGAAAAUCUUCUGACCUGAGCUGAACUGCAGAUAUCGAUAUAACGAACCAAUCAGAUGUCAUUUAGUCUUUGAAAAUGAAGACGGACAUCGCUUACAACCAGCUGGAGGACGCGGAGAGGAGAAGACAAGAAUCCAACAGGAGAGAACGAGUGUAUUCCAGAUGUGUGUUCGCUCUGGCCACUGUGGCCACUGUGCUGCUGGCCGCCACGGCCCUCUACAGCCUCCUGACACCGAGGGCUCCCUUCUCCCAUCCCACCCCGAGCAGCAGCCUCCCCCUGCCACAGGCCGAGUCCUGCUCAGAUGCCUGCAAGAUCGUUCUGGUUGAGAGCAUCCCUGAAGGUCUGGAGUUUAACUCCAGCACCACUCACCCCUCCAUCUUCCAGGCGUGGCUCAACCUCAUGAGCGAGGCUCGCAGCAGCAUCGACAUCGCCUCCUUCUAUUGGACGCUCACUAACAAAGACACCGGCACUGAGGAGCCGACAGCCUAUCAGGGUGAGGCUAUUCUGAAGACACUGAGUGAACUUUCUGGGAAGUUGUCUGUUCGCAUCGCAGUCAACACGCCGCAGCAGAGCCAACCGCAGGGCGACCUCAGACAGCUCAACGAAUCAGGAGCUGAUAUCAGGACAGUGAACAUGAGAGCGCUCACCUCCGGCGUCCUCCACACAAAGUUCUGGGUGGUGGAUAAGAAACACAUUUACAUCGGCAGCGCCAACAUGGACUGGAGGUCGCUCACGCAGGUGAAGGAGCUCGGAGCGGUGGUCUAUAACUGCAGCUGCCUGGCUGCAGACCUGGGUAAGAUCUUUGAAGCGUAUUGGUUCCUGGGGGAGAGUCAGUCAAUCCCGUCACCGUGGCCCAGCAGCUUCUCCACCUACUACAACAAGGACACGCCCCUGCAGCUGCCGCUCAAUAACACGCCGUCCAGCGUCUACCUGUCGAGUUCACCUCCAUCCUUCUGCGCAGCCGGCCGGACUCCAGACCUUCAGUCCAUCCUCAGUGUGAUGGAGGACGCCCGCAGCUUCAUCUACAUCGCUGUCAUGAACUACCUGCCCACCAUGGAGUUCUCACGUCCUAAAAGGUACUGGGCCGACAUCGACACCCAGCUGAGGCGGAUGGCGUACGAGAGGCGAGUCAAAGUGCGCCUGCUGAUCAGCUGCUGGGCCAGCACCCAGCCCGUCAUGUUCCCCUUCCUGAAGUCUCUGGCCUCAGUUUACGACCACAAGAGCAAACUGGACAUCCAGGUGAGGCUGUUUGUGGUGCCUGCCACCUCGAAGCAGAAGGAAAUUCCCUUUGCCAGAGUCAACCACAACAAGUACAUGGUGACCGACAAGAUCGCCUACAUAGGUACGUCAAACUGGUCAGGUGACUACUUUGUGAGCACGGCUGGCUCAGCAUUAGUUGUCAACCAGACCGCAUCACAGUCCCUGGAGCCAACCGUCCAAUCACAGCUGAGGGAAGUGUUCGAGAGGGACUGGAACUCCGACUACAGCAAACCUCUGACCCAGAACUCGGACCUCAAAGACUUGUGUUAGUUUCAUCACUCAGUAUUAUCACAGGCGGACGCUUCAACACAUAAUGCAGUCUACAGUUGCACAUUUAUUUAGUAUUUAAACACUUUUGUGCUGGUCAGCUGAAGUUUUUGUGGAGACCUCUCAGCAGAGAGAUCGUGGACUGGCUUAGACCAAACCAGUAAACUUCCCAGCACUGCCAGUCUCCACCACUACCAGGGUUCUUCUUUAGUCAGACUGUGCUGCGACACGUCACCAGCAGACAUGUGUGAUCAACUUGAAUGAAUUGAAUCAUGGUUUGUGUCAUGUGGCAGCAGCAGCAGAAGGGGGCGCUGUGUUUGCUGAAGCGAUCGAUUCACUGAUCACUCUGUAGUUUUAAAGAUCGAUCACAUCAUUACUUCUUAAGCCUUAAAGGGAGUUUUUAUUUUUUUUUAUUCCAGCUCAUCUCAGGGAGUUUGA